CCCCCUCUCCCCCCCACCCCGGCCUUUCCUUUCCCCCAACCAGCAAGUCACCCACCAUCGCCAACCCAAAGAACUUCUAGCCAUCAGAAGAGCAGCAGCAGCAGCAGCAGCACUACCAACCGGCACCCAGCAGCUGCAGCUCGCCAUCCAUCCCCAUCCCCCCUCCGCGGCCAAAGCAGGGCGAUUUUUUUUUUGUUUGCAAGAGAAAGGACCGGGGUUUGGUGCGGGCGGGGGGCGGGAGGGUGCACAGCGCAGCUCGCCCACCAUGCGGGUGCCCAAGUCUCGUGUGCUCUUCUGCUGCCUGGUGCUGUCCUUGGAGUUCUGCACGGGGGAGCCGGCGGAGCGGGGGGCGGAUAAAGCGUCCACGGAAGGAGUCCCCCUGGUGACAGAGGCAGAGGACCAGGGCUGCCCGGUGUGUCUGUGGCGGAAGCACAGCAAGGAGAUGAGGCUGGAGAGCAUCAAGUCGCAGAUCCUCAGCAAGCUGAGGCUCAAAGAGGCGCCCAACAUCACCCGAGAGGUGGUCAACCAGUUGUUGCCCAAAGCGCCUCCGCUGCAGCAGAUCUUGGACUUGCACGACUUCCAGGGGGACUCCUUCCAGCACGACGACUAUCUGGAGGAAGACGAGUACCAUGCCACCACCGAGACUGUCAUCAGCAUGGCACAAGAAACGGACCCUGUGGUACAGAUUGAAGGCAACCCGCACUGCUGUUUCUUCAACUUCAGCCCCAAGAUCAUGUUCACCAAGGUAGUAAAGGCACAGCUGUGGGUGUACCUGCGGCCUGUUCAGCAUACCUCCACGGUCUACCUACAGAUCCUGCGUCUCAAACCAGUGACGGAGGAUGGGAGCCGCCAUAUUCGUAUCCGCUCACUCAAGAUUGACCUGAAUUCCCGCAUUGGCCACUGGCAGAGCAUUGACUUCAAGCAUGUACUGCAGAACUGGUUCAAGCAGCCUCAGAACAACUGGGGCAUCGAGAUCAACGCUUUUGAUCCCAAUGGCAAUGACCUGGCCGUCACCUCUCUUGGGCCUGGUGCUGAAGGCCUGCACCCUUUCAUGGAGCUACGCGUGCUGGAGAACAACAAACGGUCCCGGAGGAACCUGGGACUAGACUGCGAUGAGCACUCAACUGAGUCCCGUUGCUGCCGCUACCCACUGACUGUUGAUUUUGAGGCCUUCGGCUGGGAUUGGAUUAUCGCCCCCAAGCGGUACAAAGCCAACUAUUGUUCAGGCCAGUGCGAGUAUAUGUUCAUGCAGAAAUAUCCUCAUACCCAUCUGGUGCAGCAGGCCAAUCCCCGGGGCUCAGCAGGGCCUUGCUGUACACCCACCAAGAUGUCCCCCAUCAACAUGCUGUACUUCAAUGACAAACAGCAGAUAAUCUAUGGCAAAAUCCCUGGCAUGGUUGUUGACAGGUGUGGAUGCUCUUAAACCCUCUGCCUGUCCUGUCACUCCUUUCUCAUGAUUCCCCUGGAUUCCUGCUUCGAUGAUGCAUCCUGACACUGAUGAAUCCAUUCCUGAUCAUUUUAAAACAUUUCUGAAGAGAAAAUAAUUGUGGGAAAAGAACAAGAUGGAUAGAAUUGUAUUGAAAAUCUCUGAAGUGACAUCAUGCACUGUGCAAUAAUCAAAACAGACGUCACGUUACUGGAGAGUGAAUGAGUUGGCUUGGAUCAAUACUUUCCUCGCUGAGGCAGAUCUGAAAUGACCUCUUCUCUUCCAAAACCUUUUGUUUGACCCAUCAUUGCUCAAGCUUUACUUUUACUGGUAUUGUUUUUCUUCCCAACCCCCUUUCUCUCUAAAUCUGAGAGUAAAAUGAUUACAAAGUGGGAAAAGUUCAUCAGAAAGAGAGAGGCUCUUCAGCCCGUUUACAAACAGUGAAAGCUUCCUAGAUUGUGAUUGUUAAGUUAAAUAAAAUGUUGUAUGGAGCUAUAGAGAUAAAGAGGGAAAAAGAGGUAAAUAUUUUGUAUUAAGAUGAAGAAAGACAGAGAAAAGGACCAGCCAGCUUGGGGAAUAUUUGGCAUUUUGGGGGGGUGGGUGGGAGGGUGAAUAUGAUGUGGGACUUUGAGGGUUGCUGAACCUGCCUGCCUUUUGUGAGACAGACUCCCUUAAAAGAUAGGAGAUGCCCAAGAAACGGAAACUAGAGUCCACUUGCAAAGUUUUUCUGUGAUACAUAGUUCCAAGGUGAUGAAGUAGAAGUGUAGUCCGUAGACUUAAGACAGGUGUUGGAGGAGCUGUCCAAUCGGAGGAAAAAUCUAAUUCCAUCUGCCUUGGGUGUAAGUCCACCUCCUUAGUUUCAGUAUCCCUCAUGCAGACUGACACUAUUCACUUCAAAGUUGAUAUCCUUCAAUGUUGGUGUCCUUAGGAAACUGUAAAUUCAACUCAUUGAAUUUGAAGUUGCUGUUAGCUUAACAUAUACUUAACCUAAGUUCAUCUUCGAGUAGUGGGGGAAAUAUUCUUGUUCAUGUGAGGACAAAGGAUCUCUGUCCCCUUUUACUCCUCUGGCAUAAUUUGACUUAUACAACUGAGGGUUUUCACUUGCAGGGUAGGAGUCUGUGAAAGAUGCAGUAGACGAGAAAUAUUUCCUUUAUUUAUUGAAUCAUUCUCUGCAUUGGAGCUUUCCUUUAAGCAUAACUUUUGUCUAAUGUUUCAGUGAUGAAGCCCCACCCCCUUCAUGUAUAACUAAUGGUUUUCUUUGCUAACUGAACUAGACACACAAAUAUGAUUUGGCUACUUGCAAGAAUCGUUUCUAAUGGCUAGAGCAGGAAUGGGGAGCCCGUGUCCCUCCAAGAUGAUGUUGGGCCACCACUCCUAUCAUCCUUGACAAUUGGUCAUGUCAGCUGAGGUUGAUAGGAUGUGAAGUCUAAUAGCAUCUUAAGGACUGCAAGUUCCCCAUCUCUGGGAAAAAUGGCUUGUUGGUGUUAGGCAGUUCUUAAUAACACAGCAGUCCUUGAAUGGUCGCAUGAGUGAGUUGCUGUGUCUGGUUCCGCUUCACCUUCACUGUUGUAUCAAUGCUCUUUUUAUUUUAAAAUGCACUUAUGUAGAUCCUUAACCUGUCUAUAGCCUUCCAUUAAACUACAGUGUAACCUUCCUUUCCCUAACCAAGAAACACAGUGCAAUUCUGCUUCCUACUAUUUGAGGCAACAAAGCCUAGGAUAACAUAGGGAAAUUAUACAUUAACUCAUAAAAAGAGAUGCAAUGGUCUCUAAUUAUUUUUAUGCCACAGAAUUUAUUUAAUCCAGAGUUGGUGUUACUUUUUUCCAAUAGUAUAUUGAAACUCAGAUGGGAGAUAAUUGCUCUUCAGAUGAUGAAACACUAGCCAAACACUGGGCAUUUAGCAAAUGCCACAUUUGAGCUUGAUUUCUAGGUUUAGAAACUGGCAUAGAAGGGUCAGAUAGAAUGCCUGCUUGAGCCUCCACACUGAUGUCCCCAGAUGUAAGUUACUUGAUAAUGCCAAAUUGGUUGUAGAUAUUGUCACUGGCCUCCUAGUCAACAGCCUUGGGAAGAUGUUGGGUUAUAAUGGACUUCAUAUCCAUGGCUUAUGAUUCUUAGAAUCAAAGGAGGAUAUAAAAGUUUAAAUAGGAGAAGCUCUUAGGGGAGUAUAAGGUCUUGGUAAUUGUGGUGUUACCUAUAAUGGCUCUAAAUGUGAAGUCAAGGUAUUGAUUCCAGUGUGGAUUUUCAGUCCAAGUGACAAUGCUGCACAGCAAUCUGGAGCCAAAAGAGCAACCCAUUAGUUAGUGGGUCACAUCCUAUGUGAAUUAGAAAUUGUUGCUGUUUGAUAGUCACAACAAUUCAACCAUUCCCUGUAAACUGUCCAUCUGUGAUGGAA